AUGGGAGAUUGUACAAGUAGAGUAUCGAAAAGCGAGCUAGAGCAGCAUAUGAAAGACUAUAACGGAAAAAAUGACCAGAGCUUCUUGUGCAUACCGUACGAAAGAACAAUUGAUCAAACUAUUGCAGAAGAUACGAAUAAACGAGGGCUGGAGGAAAAAUUGAGACUUUAUCAGCGGAAAAAACUUGAAUUUCAAGCAAAGCUUGAUUCAAUUACUGCUGGGUCUCCACAAAUUCCGGAAUUAAAUAUUGAAAUCCAGAAAGGUGUUAGCCUGUACACAGAAGGCUUGUGCUUUACUAAGGGACAGCCUUAUGUGACUGUUCAAUUAGAACCUAAAGGUCCUAUUUGUGAAACAACUGCAUCUGAUACAUAUAAGCCAUAUUGGUAUAGGCUAUUUGAGCUGAAACAAACCUUGGAUAAUUUCUCAAGUCUCUCUUUUAAAGUGUGGUCCAAAGAAAAUUCAUCAGAAAAUCACUUAUUUGGAGGUUUCUUACUUAUUUGAUUAUUUAUAUACGCUUAACGUCCAAUACCACAUCACAUGCGCAGGCUUCGUCCUGCUUCUUGGUUUUCCUCUCCACCAAAAUUUCGUGCGCUACCUGGCUUCAAGCUGAAUGAUUCCAUAGGCUUCGGCAUUCGGGUUUCGACAGCCGUCCUUCCGGCUCUCAGGCAAACCAACUUGGGUCCGUCAGGCCCUAAAGGUCCCAUUCGCCACACCGCCUGGGAUUAGUGGCAUCCUACCAGGAAUUUGAAUUCCCUGAGUGACAGGAUUCCUGCGUCGCACACCACAGGAACUUAAAGCCCUGUCAUUGCCGGGUUAAAUUCCCUGGGGAAGGCCAAACCUCAUAAUCAAAAAAAUUGAGGAAGAGAAAUUUUCAGCGGGAGACCAGAAAAUUCGAAUGACGCCAUUUUUUGAUUAUAUUUGGAGGUUUCCAAAUUAAAUUAAACGAUCUAGAAGACCAAAGAGUCAAAGAAGGAUGGUAUAAGCUUGAUGUUAAUGACCCUUCUAAAGAAAUCCACCCUUCAUUAAGAAUCAGAAUCCAGCUGAUUCAAGAUGAAAGAGCACUUUACUCCAGCUUAAUCCAAAGCUGCAUUGAAAAGUCUGUCUUAUUAACUGAAGCUUUAAAAAGUUUAGAAAAUGAUGAGAAAGGAGCAUAA